AUGAGUCUGGAAGAGCCAGGCCUAACAGCAGCAUCUACCACAACCACCACCAUCCCCUCGAAAGCAUCGCCCACCCUCGAAUGUCCACCUGCGCCGAAACCUAGAAACACACCCCCACCCCACCGAGACGUGCAUCGCGAGGUGCGCUUCGAGAACAUGGCCGUCUGUGCCAGCCCGGGCGACUACACUCCACCUAAGAGGAGGAGCACUUGGAGCACGGCGGACGACGAGAGCAUAUGGAGCUGGUUCAGGAAAAUUGCUAUGCAGCAUCAGCUGGGACUAUCGCUGAACGUCAUAUUGCUCUUGACCAUGAGCCACGUCAUGUUCCCUUCGCUACGGGAUAUUACAAAGGCGUGCUUUCAAUUAUCGUACCCGGCACAGGUCGAAGGACAGUACAGCCAAGGAUCGCGCGACAUGUACUUUGUCGCCAGCUUUGUCGUCUUCUUCACUGGCAUUCGAGCAUUCAUGCUGGACUACGUCCUCAUUCCACUGGCAACAAAAUGCGGUAUUGGUCGCAGGAAGGGCAAGGUCAGGUUCGCGGAGCAGGCAUACAUGUUGAUCUACUAUGCCAUCUACUGGUCAUGGGGGUUGUACUUGUUCGUGCAAGAUACACCGAAAGAGGUGAACAAUGUUGAAAGCCUGUUGAUAUCGCUGUGGCGGGACUUUCCACGACUGACGCUGGGCACUGGCAUGAAGCUGUACUAUCUCACGCAAUUCGCUUUCUGGAUCCAGCAAAUCGUGGUGAUCCAUCUGGAGGAGAGGCGCAAGGAUCACUACCAGAUGUUGACACACCACUUUGUCACUUGCGGACUUAUGCUUGGCAGCUACGGAUACAGACAAUGGCGCGUCGGCAACGCCAUCCUCGUGCUGAUGGACAUUGUCGACCUGAUCUUCCCGGCCGCCAAGAUCCUGCGCUACCUGGGCAUGCAGACAGCUUGCGACGCGGCAUUUGGUCUUUUCGUGGUCGCAUGGGUAUUUGCCCGGCACGUCUGCUACCUGUCGGUUUGCUGGAGCAUAUACGCGCAUGUUCACGUCAAGACAAUGCACUAUGGAGUCUACUCAACCGAGACCGGCAAGAGACUUUCCACAGAAGGAGGCGAUAACCUCGUAGACAACCUCCUACAGCCAUUGCUGAAGCCAGAAGCGAAGACGUUCGCCUUCAAUGCCAACAUAAGAUGGUCCUUCCUGGGCUUACUCGUGGCGCUGCAAUGCAUUACACUCGCAUGGCUGGUCAUGAUCAUCCGAGUGGUCAUGCGUGUGCUUCGCGGCCAUGGCGCAGAUGAUACUAGAAGUGAUGAUGAAGGCGAGGACGAAGAGAUCGAAGAUGGGCCUGCGCAACCCUCGAAGCACAACGUUCCCAUCAAGGCCGAGGAACCACGAUUUAUUGAAGUCGAGACCACUUCGGACGAAGUGACAUGGCCGACACGGAAAGGCAGCAGUAGCAACAGGAAGAAGUCGAAGGGCAUCUCCAGCGGCUUGAACUUGGGCGAGCACAAAGACAUUCUUAAUAGGAUUGGUUGUCUCAGCGAAGAACAGCUCGCCCGGGAGCGGGAACUACGAGAGGGAACUGGGAGUCCUCGUCCAACAAGUGCCGCUGGGAAGAGGUAG